UCUAUUAAAAUAUAUAGCAAUAAUAUUUGGGAGGGCAAGGAAAGGAAAGGAAGCAAGGCCGCUCCCCUAGAAAAACGCCUAACCGGAAAGAGGGCGGAUUUCCGAAUCCUACCAAGAAGUAGAACCUAACAAGCAGUAAGGUAAGUGAGUCUAGGAGCAGGUGCUGGAAUUCCAACCAUGGAAGUUAGCAACGCUCUAAAACGAAAGCGAUACGACGACGACAAUUACAUGGAGGCGGAGGUGGACCUUUCCCUCCUGGAAGCCGUCGAGAAAUCCCAAAACACCGUCGAAUUACUUGACCUCCGCACCCUCAAGAAGCUAGUCCUUUCCUUCGAGCGCCGCUUAAAGGAGAACAUCGAGGCCCGGCUCAAGUACCCGGACCAACCGGAGCGGUUCGCCGACUCGGAAGUGGAACUGCACGAGGAGCUAGAGAAGCUAAAGAUUCUUGCUGGAGCCCCUGAGCUGUACCCUGAGCUGGUCAAUCUCAACGCCAUCCCUUCCAUUCUCAACCUCUUGUCCCAUGACAACACCGACAUUGCCAUCGACGUUGUGCAUUUGUUAGAGGACUUGACGGACGAGGAUGUUCUGGAGGACAACGACGAGCCUGCCAGGAUUCUGGUGGAUUCUCUUAUUGAGAACAAUGUGUUGGAGCUGUUGGUCCAGAAUCUGCAACGCCUAUCGGACAAGGACCCUGAUGAGAUGAGUGCUAUUUACAACACCCUGGCCAGCAUUGAAAACAUGAUAGAGGUGAAGCCUACAGUGGCUGAGUUGGUCUGCGAGAGGACCAAGUUGUUGAGAUGGUUGUUGGGGAAGAUCAAAGUGAGGGAAUUCGAUAGUAACAAGCAGUACGCUUCGGAGAUAUUGGCCAUAUUGCUUCAGAACAGCACUGCCAAUCAGAAGAGAUUGGGGCAAAUGAACGGCGUGGAUGUGGUUUUGCAGGCCGUGGCUAUGUACAAAUCAAAGGACCCCAAGACAUCAGAUGAAGAGGAAAUGCUAGAGAAUUUGUUUGAUUGUUUGUGUUGUUUAUUGAUGCCAUUGGAGAACAAGGAGAGGUUCGUUAAGGCCGAAGGAGUGGAGUUGAUGAUCAUUAUUAUGAAGCAGAAGAAAUCUGCUUAUGCCUCUGCCAUCAGGGCACUUGAUUUUUCCAUGACCAAGUAUCCCCCUGCUUGCGAGCGAUUUGUGGAUGUUCUGGGAUUGAAGACCGCCUUCGCUGCUUUCAUGGGUAAGAUUCCUAUAAGUAAGAAGAACAAGAAGGAAAGGUACCAAGAGGAGUUGGAAGAGCGCCUGGUAUCACUAAUUGCAUCAUUGUUUGGUGGAAUUUUGAGAGGUUCCAGAAGGGAAAGGUUGUUAAGUAAAUUUGUUGAGAAUGAAUGUGAGAAGAUAGACCGCCUUAUGGAACUAUAUAUAAGAUAUUCCGACAGAGUUACAGCAGAGACACAACGACUGGAGCAACUGGAACUUGAUGAUUUGGAGAUGGAUGAAGAGGAAAAGUACAAUAGGAAACUUGAAUCUGGACUUUACACUCUUCAGUUGAUUGCUGUUAUUCUGGGUCAUCUUUGGUGUUCUGAACACCCUCAAAUGAGGGCAAGAAUUGAAUUACUGCUCAAGCAGCAGAAACUUACUAAGAAUGAUAUCAAGAAUAUACUUCAGGAAUAUCAUGACAAUAUCGGUGACCUAGAUGGAGCCGAAGAGAAGGAACAAGCACAAACAAGGAUCCAGAAGAUCAUUUCAUCCUUCUGAUUGUCAUCUGCUGAUUUUGUACCAUCAUAUCUUUUGAAGGAUGCCAUGUGAGUUUAGCAUUGUGAAUUUUUUGAGCUAAAAUUAAUGGUAAUGCUUAUACAAUUAAUUAGCUUUCUCCAGGAUGCUCCUAGGAAAACACUAGACUGAUUGUGGUCACCGGAAGUGUUCUAGGGAACUUUCUGAUUGAGACAAAGGCAAUAUCCAAGCUUGUUA